AUGCAGCACCCCCCACCGACCUCGCGCGCAUGGACGAUCACGGCGCGCGGGCUGCCCCCGAACGUAUUGCAGCUCGUGGACCGGCCGACGCCCACGCUCCCGCCGCACCCCCUCCCCGCCGACGUGCCGGAGCCUGAAGAGUGGAUCCUCGUCCGCACGGCCUACGCAGCGCUGAACCCCGGCGCCAUCUUCCAAAUGACGCUUCUCCCGCAGCGCUUCCGCAAAGCCCUUUUCAACGUGCCGGAGAUGGACAUGAGCGGCGUGGUCGUUGACGUGUGGCACCCCGACCGUCCGCACGCCGCCGAGGGCGCCACGCCCGUCGGGCCCGCCGCCCCGCCCCGCUUCGCCCGCGGCGAAGGGGUAUGCGCGAUGCUCCCCGCGUCACACACGCUGCCGACCGGCACGGGCGCGUUGGCAGAGUACGUCGCCCUGCCGGCGCGGUAUGCGGUGCGCAAGCCGCCGUCCGUGGCGUACGCGGACGCGGCGGCCCUCCUCGCCGCGCUCACGGCGCACCGCAUGGUCGUGGAGAGCGGGGCGCGGGCGGGCGACCGCGUGCUCGUCGUGGGCGCGAGCGGGGGCAUCGGCACCAUGGCCGUGCAGAUGCUGCGGCAUGUGGUGGGGAAGCAAGGUGUCGUCGUGGGCGUGUGUAGCGGCGGAAACGCGGAGAUGGUGCGCGCCCUCGGCGCAGACGAGAUCGUCGACUAUAUGCUGUACAAAGAUCUCUCGCGGCACUUGGCCGCGACGUACGCCAGCGCGCCGUUCGACGCCGUGCUCGACACGCUUGGCUUCCAGGCGCUGUACAAGGCGUCGCCGGCCUAUCUGCGCGAAGGGGGCGUGUACGAGAGCGUCGGCAUCAAGCCGCCGACGUUUUGGAUCCCCGACUUCCUACGCGCCGUGUGGACGAUGAAGCUCAACGAGUGGUGGCCGACGAGCCGGUGGCUCGGGGGCGUCGGCCGCAAAUGGGGCGCGUGCAGCAUGAUGCACCCGUCGCUGGCGGAGCGCGAGGCCGUCGUCGGGCUCAUGGAGCGCGGCGUGAUCCGCGUCGUGCGCGACAGCGUGUGGGACUUUGAGCAUGCGCGCGAAGCGUACGACAAGCUCGCGGGCAGACAUGCGGCAGGCAAGAUCCUCGUGCGCGUCGACGCGAGCGUCGGCGAGAAUGCGUGUUAGAUGAAGCUAAAAUCCAAGUAAUCCAUGUAUGUAUCU